AACAUCUGAUAAGGAAAAUAGUAUGGGUCCAAUCAAAGGCUUCCGUGGAUCGAGACAUAAGAACGACAAACGAAAACAUCAUUAUAUAGAACUACCAACUGAAACUGAUGAAGAUAGUGAUAUUGGUGGACAGAGGCGCCCAGCUCAUGAUGCAAAGGCUCAAAAACAUAGAGAUGCAUUAGAAGUAGAGGAACGACGAAAAAUAUGGAAAGAUAUUGUCCGUAACGCUAUACCUAGGAUGAAUAAGAUUGUCAUUCAGACCACGACUUCUCGGGCUAAUAAUUGCCGCAAAGUUGCUCAAUUAUGCCAGAAGGAAGCUCGUAAAGCUGCUGGAAAAUCGUGUAAAUCUGCAAAAGAUAUCCAAAAAGAACGUGAGUUACGUAAAAAGGCAGAAAGAGAGGCUUUAGAAAGAAUGCGAGUAGAAGAAGAGCUACGCGAAGCAAAGAGACAAGCGCGUAAACUAAAUUUCCUCAUAACUCAGACUGAACUUUAUAGUCACUUUGUUGGGAAAAAAAUUGGAACCCAAACGACAAAUGAAACUUCAGAAAAUUCCACCCAGGCUGAUGCGGUGACCAACGAUCAAAUUACAGAAUCUUCAUCUGCAGAUUUGAAUAUAGACAUGGAUAUGGAUGCUGAAUCCGAAGCUCCUGCUCUCCCAUCUUUCGAGGAUAUUGAUUUUGAUGAAGAUGCCCUUAGAGAGAAGGCGCGCAUAAUUGCGCAAAAUGCUCUUAAACAAGUCAAAAAACAUACUGCUGACUUUGAUGGUGAAAGAACCGGUAGUGGGCCAACCGAGAUUUCUGUGACGAAUCAAGAUUGUAAGUAUAACUUUAUAGUUCGAUUUUAUCCUAGGAUUAGUUAA